GUUUAGAGUUCAGUUCUUUCCCAAGAUGGAUAAUGAAAGAGCAUCGGCCUUGCCUCCUCAUGUACUCAUAUUCCCCUUACCAAUUCAAGGGCCAGUCAAGUGUAUGCUCAAACUUGCCGAGCUCUUCUGUAUUAAUGGCCUAAAAGUAACUUUCCUAAACUCGCAACACAUCCAACGUUGUUUAUCAAGCUGCACAAAUAUUGAAUCAUAUUUUCAACGCUAUCCCAAUUUUCGCUUUGAAACAGUGCCCGAUGGCCUUCCCGAAGACAAUCCUCGCACAGCCAGUGAAUUUUUCGAGAUGUUGGAUUCUAUGAAAGCUGUGAGUGUGCCCCUAAUUCAUGAAAUGGUAACUUCUGGUCCCAACUCUGAGAACCCGAUAACUUGCAUAGUGGCCGAUGGAGUAUUCUGUUUUGCAGUUGAUAUUGCUAAACAGAUUGGGGUUCCACUCCUUUAUUUUGAUACUAUUAGCCCUUGUGGUCUAUGGACUUAUCUCUGCCUUCCGAAACUCAUUGAAGCUGCGGAGUUUCCUUUCAAAGGGGAUAACUUGGACGAGAUUGUUGUUAAUGCACCAGGAAAGGAAGGUUUUCUAAGGCGCCGGGAUCUUCCUGGCUUUUAUCGCACCAAGGACCUUAAUGAUCCCUUUAUCAAAUCAGUUCUGAAGGAGAACAUGAACCUUUCCUUGGCCCAAGGGCUGAUUUUGAAUACAUUUGAGGAACUUGAUGCAUCCAUAUUAUCAGAGAUGUCCACAGUCUGUCCAAAAAUCUAUGCCGUCGGGCCGCUCCACACUCACGUGAAAACUAGACUCGGGACGGGAACCACAUCAAAU